CACCAAAUCUCCAGAGAGGAAAGAAGAAGAAGAAGACGAAGACUCUCUCUCUCUCCGUUCCGGCUUCCGCGAUUCUUCGUUCCAGCAUCAUGUAUCGCCAGCCCGCGUCGGCGCAGGAGGCUGCUCGGCCCCCGGCGGAAUGGAGCCGCUACGAGGACAAGCUCUUCGAGCACGCGCUGGUGGCGGUCCCGGAGGACUCGCCCCACCGGUGGCAGUUGAUCGGCGAUCGCCUGAACAGGCCCGCGUCGGAGGUGUUCGAGCACUACCAGCGGCUGGUGGAGGACAUCGACGCGAUCGAGUCGGGGCUUGUCGAGCCGCCGAGCUACAGCGACGACCCGGCCGGCUGCCGCCAGAUAGACUUCGAGACGAAGCCCCGGUUCAAAGAGGCGGAGAAGAAGAAGGGCAAUCCGUGGACGGAGAAUGAACACAGGUUGUUUUUGCGCGGACUGCAGAUAUAUGGCAAGGGUGACUGGAGGAGCAUCUCGAGGCACUAUGUCCACACAAGAACACCGACUCAGGUGGCUAGCCAUGCUCAAAAGUUCUAUAUGCGGCAGAUGAGUAUGGGGAAGAAAGAGAGGAAGAGAACCAGCAUUCACGACAUCACCACCGUCGACACCCCCCCAGUACCGGCAUCUGUUAAUGAAAGUUUCAACCCUUCUCAAGCGGGUAAUGCGCAAGAUGAUCCGAGUUAUGAUUUUCCACAAGCCAGCAACUUUCAGCAGAUGCAACCUCUUCAGCCAGCGCCUUUCAUGAAUCAACUGCCUGAGCAAGGGGGAGGGUUGACAGGAUACGGAAACUUAAACUAUUUCUUGUGAAGUGCCAGCAUGGAAGUUUUGUAUAUAGAUUAAAGCCAGUAUAAAGUAGGAAUUCAUUAUAGAUUUAGAGGAAAAGGGGGUAUACGUACUCUUUCUUUAUUUCAGUUCAUGUUGAAUCAUGUUCUGAGUCACUUUUGAAACGCAGUGAAUUUAGUGGGAAUCAAAUCUAUUUAGUAAAUUAUUAAUUGUUCUCGUUCUUUCUUGUGGAUGCUUCUCCUAUAAUGUGGAAUACUCGUAUGGAUCUCUUGUUUCUA